AUGGCCCCGAAAAUCACCCCCAAGAACCUAAGCUACGACACCACCCUCCCGCCCUUCCUGGCCCGCAUGCGCGGCCAGGCGGGCGGCGCCUACUCGGACUCGCACGACGGCCCGGACCCGAUGCUCGCCGCGCGCCGCCGCCCCGCCGCGCCGCGCCGCCUCGACCUCGGCGGCGAGGAUGGGGACGACGACGCGCCCCUGGUCGUGGACGAGGGCGGGAAUGUCGUCGGGGGCGUGAGCGUUGCGCGGGAUGGGACGGUUAGGGAGGAGGAGGAGGAGGAGGAGGCGGAAGGUGGGGGUGGGGACGGUGAUGGGCCCGGCGGGGCUGGCGGAGGGGGUGGGGAUGGAGGACGGGAGGGCGGAGGCGAGGGUGGUGGGGGUGGGGGCGGUGCUGGGCGGGCUAAGGAUGCCGAGAAGAUUGCUGCGAUUGGGGGCGGGAAGAAGAGGAAGGCCGGGAGGGUCGUUGGCGGGGAUGCGGAUGCUGAUGCAGAUGCGGACGGAGACGGAGUCCUGGGUAGAGCGAAAGUGCAGAAAGAGGGCGAGGGAAGUGGCGGUGGGAAAACGGCCGCUGUGCCGAAGAUCAAGAAGAAGGCCAAGAAGAUCAAGCUGAGCUUUGGUGACGACGAGGGUUGA